AUGGAUUUUGAUGAUGAUGCCCCUCCAGAGCUGGUUGACGUUGCGGGGCUGGUAGAGGAAGAAGAACUGAUUGUGAAAGUCCCAAUCACAAUUGUCACUGCACAGCAUGGCAAGAAAAUUGCAGUGAUAAUGAAUGAGUUUGGCGAUUCGUUGGACAUUGAAAAAUCACUUACUGUCAACAAAGGCGACGAAAAAGUGGAAGAGUGGCUCGAAGUUGGCAACGGCUGUAUCUGCUGCUCAGUCAAAGAUACUGGCGUGAAUGCCAUCGAGUCUCUUAUGGCGAAGAAGGGUGCAUUUGACUACAUCUUGCUAGAAACAACUGGGCUGGCUGACCCUGGCAACCUUGCGCCUCUGUUUUGGGUCGACGAAGGCCUCGGAAGCACUAUCUAUCUUGACGGAAUUGUAACACUUGUGGAUGCUAAAAACAUUUUGAGAAGCCUCGAGGACGCCAGUGGCAAAGUUGAAGGCCAAGAUCAUGACGGGCAUGGCCCUGUCAUGACCACGGCGCAUGUCCAGAUCUCUCAUGCAGAUGUUAUCGUCAUCAACAAGGCGGAUCUUGCCACUGCACAAGAGCUUCAAAACGUCAAGGAUAGAAUACAAUCUAUCAACGGGUUGGCUAAAAUCCAUGUCACGGAAAAGAGCGUCGUACCGAAGCUCGACGGGUUUCUGCUUGACCUGCAUGCUUACGACCAAUUCCACGAGCCAGAACCAAAAACGAAGGCGCACAGCCACCUGGAUCCCAACUUAUCAACGAUUACGAUUCCCGUGGAGACGUUAAAACCUGCCCAGCUGGAACAAGUUGACAAGUGGCUGCGGCAGGUUCUCUGGGAAAACGAGCUCCCGGGUUACGAAGGGAGUUUGAAAUUCGAGAUUCAUCGCUCUAAAGGACGGCUUCUGUUCAAAAAUGGCGAUGUCAAGAUGCUGCAAGGGGUACGGGAAAUUUUUGAGUUGAUUGAUGCCCCAGCUGGUGAUGAGCCCAGUCCCACUUCUGGAAAGAUUAUCUUUAUUGGUCGGCACGUGGCUGGGGUACAUUUUGAGCAGAGCUUCAGGCAAUUUGUCCAUUAA